AUGGCUGGGCUCGGGUUAGCCUCUUCGGCCCCCAGUGUCCUGGUCUGGCUGUCGGAAGAUGACCUGACCUGCGGAAUCUGCCAGACCCUCUUUUCCUGCCCCACCACGUUGCCUUGCGGCCACAGUUUCUGUCGCCCCUGUAUCGAGCGCCACUGGGCGUACCUUGGCCGGCCCCGGGCAGGCGGUGGUCCCGGAGCUCCGCGGACCAAGGGAACAGGCUGGCUUUGUCCCCUCUGCCGGAAGGAGGUUUCUAUGAGCCCCUGGCUGAAAAAAAAUACAGCCCUUCAAGAUCUGGUGGACAAGUACAAUAAAGCCCUGGAGGAGGGGCCCGAGCCCUGGGAUCCCUUCCCAAAUCACCAGCCAGCGCUCCAGGAACCAAAACCCACCAAGAGGAGAAUCAAUGAAGUCCGUCAGGAACUGGAGGGCCUGUUAGAACAGCUCAUUUCUGGAGUCACCAGACUUCAAUGUUUGGAACCCCUUGAGGAGACAGGGACAUCUGAGGACUUCAUCACCCAGAAGCUGAAGAAUCCCAACAUAUUUCAGAGAAACAUUAAUGAAAUCCUCAGUGAUAUCAAAGAAGUGAAGAAAAAAAUUCAGGAAAAGUUAAUAUGGGAAGAAGCUCCCAGCAAAAUAACAAAUGAGGAACCACCAGGGGCUUCUCCUUGCUCUUCAAGCCUACAGCCUGCUGAGAGCCAGUCUGGGCCCCAGAGAUCUUGCCAGUUUGCUAAGUGGUCCAUCCUUCCAACCUUUGAUGAAAAAACUGCCUCCCAUUACCUGGAGGUAUCAAAGAACUGUCAAAAAGUGACCGUGUCACGGCAUCGACAAUUCUACCCUGAGAGUCGAGAGAGGUUCCACAACAGCCAGAUCUUGUGCUGCCAAGGCUUCUCCUCUGGGCAGCAGUACUGGGAGGUGAACACUCAGCAUUGCACUUCCUGGGCCAUUGGGGUGACCUCCAAGGACAUCAUCACUCACAGCCACCUGCUGGGCAGGACUGUGGACUCUUGGUGCAUGGAAUGGAGGGAGGCCUCUGCACAGCUCUAUUCCUGGCAUGGGAAAAAGGAAACAGCCAGAGUUGGGAAGACAUCACUGAUCAUGUCUCUGGUUAGUGAAGAAUUCCCAGAAGAGGUCCCUCCACGGGCAGAAGAAAUCACCAUUCCAGCUGAUGUUACACCUGAGAGAGUUCCAACGCACAUAGUAGAUUACUCAGAAGCAGAACAAAGUGAUGAACAGCUUCAUCAUGAGAUCUCCCAGGCAAAUGUGAUCUGCAUCGUCUAUGCUGUUAACAACAAGCAUUCUAUUGAUAAGGUAACAAGCCGGUGGAUUCCUCUUAUCAACGAACGAACAGACAAAGACAGCAGGCUGCCUUUGAUAUUGGUUGGGAACAAAUCAGAUCUGGUAGAAUAUAGCAGUAUGGAAACCAUUCUUCCCAUCAUGAACCAGUACACAGAGAUCGAGACCUGUGUAGAGUGUUCAGCAAAAAACUUGAAGAACAUAUCAGAGCUAUUUUAUUAUGCACAGAAAGCUGUUCUACAUCCUACAGGGCCCCUGUACUGUCCAGAAGAAAAAGAGAUGAAACCAGCUUGUAUAAAAGCCCUGACACGGAUCUUCAAGAUAUCUGACCAGGACAAUGAUGGGACACUCAACGAUGCCGAGCUCAACUUCUUUCAGAGAAUUUGUUUUAACACUCCAUUAGCUCCUCAAGCCCUGGAAGAUGUUAAGAACGUUGUCAGGAAAAAUCUAAGUGAUGGAGUGGCUGAUAGUGGACUGACCCUAAAAGGCUUCCUUUUUCUACAUACACUUUUUAUCCAGAGAGGGAGACAUGAAACCACUUGGACAGUGCUUCGUAGAUUUGGUUACGAUGAUGAUCUGGAGCUCACACCUGAGUAUUUAUUCCCUUUACUAAAAAUACCUCCUGACUGCACCACUGAAUUAAAUCAUCAUGCAUAUUUAUUUCUCCAAAGCAUUUUCGACAAGCAUGAUUUGGAUAGAGACUGUGCUUUAUCACCUGAUGAGCUUAAAGAUUUAUUCAAAGUCUUCCCUUACAUGCCUUGGGGGCCUGAUGUCAACAACACAGUUUGUACAAAUGAAAGAGGGUGGAUCACCUAUCAGGGAUUUCUUUCCCAGUGGACGCUUACAACCUAUUUAGAUGUACAGCGGUGCCUGGAGUAUUUGGGCUAUCUUGGCUACUCAAUAUUGACUGAACAGGAGUCCCAAGCUUCUGCCAUCACAGUAACAAGAGAUAAAAAGAUAGAUCUUCAGAAGAAGCAGACUCAAAGAAAUGUGUUUAGAUGUAAUGUGAUCGGGAUGAAAGGCUGUGGGAAGAGUGGAGUUCUUCAGGCUCUCCUUGGAAGAAACUUAAUGAGGCAAAAGCACAUUCGUGACGACCAUAAAUCUUAUUACGCAAUUAACACUGUUUAUGUAUAUGGACAAGAGAAAUACUUGUUGUUGCAUGAUGUCUCUGAAUCUGAAUUCUUGACGGAGGCGGAAAUCGUAUGUGAUGCUGUAUGCCUGGUGUAUGAUGUCAGUAAUCCCAAGUCCUUUGAAUAUUGUGCCAGGAUUUUUAAGCAACACUUUAUGGACAGUAGAAUACCUUGCUUAAUUGUAGCAGCAAAGUCAGACCUACAUGAAAUUCGACAAGAAUAUAGCAUUUCACCCAGUGACUUCUGCAGGAAACACAAAAUGCCUCCACCACAAGCCUUCACUUGCAAUACUGCUGAUGCACCGAGUAAGGAUAUCUUUGUUAAGUUGACAACAAUGGCCAUGUAUCCCCAUGCCCGGUUACGCUGUCUGUGCACCUGCAACAGGUGCACAUUCUGCAUCUGUCAGAGCUUCCUCAACUCAGACUUGCUGCAAUCUGUAAAGAACAAACUCUUCACGGCAGUUCUUACCAGACAUUUAACUUGCACCUAAAAUCUCUUUCUUCAAUGUAGGUAGGUCUAAAAAUAGCCUAGACAGUACCCAUAAGCCCUUUAAAUCAUAGGUUUCCCACAUCACCUCAGUUGCAUUUGCUUAACUAAAACUUUGGUGACACUUGAAUAAAGUCCUUGGUCCCAACUUGGCUUUAAAGCUUUAUCUUCCUUGUGGUAAGCUGUCAUACUUGAGACUCUUCAGGGUGGCCAGCAGUGUUUUUAACUGAGCAUGCUCACAAAUUUAGUUUGUGGUAAUGGGGGAAAUUGGGGUCAUUGGCUGUCCGACCCUUGUCAUGCAUAACAUGGCUUCUUUUAUGUCAUCCAACCACUUUCAUUCUACCAUGUUACAUUGCGUCUUUUGGUUUGUACUAUUGUCACUGCCUGUUUCACUAACGCCUGGUUUCCUAUUAACAAGUUUUUAAUGUGAUGCAAACUAGUAGGUUUUUUUUUCCUUUGGUGGGGGAGGGUUCCUCCAAAUUUUUUAAAGGGGACUAGGAAUUCUAAAGUUUGAUUUAUCACUGCUCUUAGAAAAGUAUUGCCACUUGUCACUAAGCUACAGUUCCUGGAGUGGGGUGAUUUUGCUCAUUGUUUGAAUUCAGCAAAAUCACCUUCAAAGAUGUGAAAACUUGAUUGUAUUUCUCAUUUUUAAUGACCAGCAGAUAAUUUAAAAUAGUGGGUUGUUUUUUACCUACUUACUGGUCUUUCUUCAUGAGAAAAUUGCAGUAAUGAAAAAUCCUAAACCUCAUCUAUUCUAAAAUGUUAGCUAAUUGCAAAGCUACUGCCUUUUUUCCCCAUAGAUAAUAAUGGCCAGACUGUGCUAUCAGCUGUACUGAUGAAAAGCUUCAGUAAAGGUAGCAGUUUUGAAUUAGCUGGACAAGUGUCCUAAUACUUCCCUAAAAGUUCUUAAUUGAUGUAACACUGUAUUCUCAAAGAAGUGCUGUUUUUGAAAUCGCUUCUGUUUUCUGA